CGCUCAACGCUAAAUGGGUAAAGCCGGCUGCUUGUCUCACUACAGGCUCCGCCUUCUUCAGCUGUCUGUGGAUUUGUUCGCCUUAGGCCGCUUGGCUCUCCCGCGCUUUGCUAGAGUUCGAAGUUUUAUCUUGUCGAUGUGUGGAGCUCGUGUGCCUUUGGGGGCCGGCGAGAGGUAACUUGUACAAUGACAGAACGCUUUUUCAAGAUAGAGGAUGAAACCUUUCCGAGUUUUUUGGGGGAAUCCCUAAACAGCAACAGCGGUGGAGCACUUGAAAACUGUACAUUAAGUUCAAAUCUUGGUUUGCCAGUUGCUGCCUCCACAGUUGCCAAAGCUCGUCCAGGUUUUGACUGGACUACAGAUGCCCAGGAAUCCUACCUAGAGGCAAACAAACUACAAGAUACUUUAUUACAUUUAACACAGUCAAAUGGAGAUGCCCAAAGAAAAUUCAUGCUGAGCUUUAAGGAUGAACUUGAACCCUUUUCUAACAUUAUUGGAAACCAGAAUCAGACUGUCAAACUGUCAGAAAGUGACCGAAAAGAAAAAAGAUCAAGUGACUCUGAAGACCCACAUAAGAAACGUGAUUCAAGCUCCACCUGUACACUUCCACGUACCAAGCAGAUUGGCAAGGCUUCCAAAUUGACAAAUGCAAACCUUAACGCUAUGAAGGAAAAUGAAGAUUUGUUCAAAGAUGAUCUCAGUAAAAGUGUAACAAGUUUCCUAGAAAACGAAAAGUUACUCUCUAUUGCAAGCUUAGAAGGGAGCUCAUCAGAUGAUCUGGAUGAUGAAGAGUUUUAUGAUGACCACUUGGAAGCCUACUUUAAGAAACUCCUUCCCCAUGGAAUGCAGCGUGGUGUUAUUGAGGGGCAGGAAAUUACAGAGCCAAAGCGACUUUCACAUACGGCAUUAAGCAGAAAUGACACCAGGCCUUGUAGGCAAGAUUCAGACAAACUACAGUUUCUUGAAGAUUAUGAGGAAGCUUUCCAGAUGCUUGAUGUUCGCUUAGCUGCUACUGGCAUGGAUUCGGCACCAGCAAGUGAUGAUGAAGAUGUAGAGCAUGAACUGGAAAAAGCUGCACUGCAACAUCUACAAAGAGAACAGUUCCUAGUGAGCGUAUCAAGGCAUUGUGUUGGGGAGCAAAAUAGACCAAGUUUCAGGCCAGGGUUAGAAGGUGGCAGCUCUGAUGAUGACUCUUCAAAUGAACUGCUUCCCAUUCCAAGUAGGGACGAUGAUUUUCCUAGCAGGCAAUCUGCCGACGGUCGUGUUCUCUACUCUCCAAAACUAGCUGCUACUUCAGAUAAACCUGAGUUUGGUGAUGGCAGUAGCGGCAGUGAUGAUGGACAGAAGAAUCUGCAAACCUCUCAGGGACAGGGACCUGUGUUCUGGAAUACAGAUGUAGUAGCAAGAAAUGUUGCUGGAGAAGAAGAUAGAAACAAUGUUCAGCCUUCACAAAUAGAACAAAUGGAAGAUCGUAUAGAUCCAGUUGGCAGGGGUGCAACACUGAAGGACAGAAAGACAACUUCUAAUUCACCUGAGCGAAGCAGUGUCUUAAAAUCAAAUAUAAAUUUGGAGGUUAAGGACAGCAGUGCAGUAUUGUCAAGCUUUGAUGCAGAGCCAAAAUUAGAUUCUCUUUAUUUUAGAAACGACAGUAUGAACAGUGUACAGUUGUCUACUUUACGCAAGGAGGAUGAGCAAGAUAUUGUUAGUCUGUCUCAGAUGUUUUCAUCCAACCAAGUUGCAUAUGUUCAUCCCAUAUCUUCAGAAAUGCAGCGUAUUAGUGGUGAUCCAUCAAAAGCCUCUUACAGUAUAGCGGACACGUACUUGUCUCCAUCAUACAAGAAGGAUUGUCCAGAUUCCUCAACAGCAUUGCCACCAGUGCAAGACCAGCCAUUUUCGUGGAGUUUUGGUCCAACUGGAUAUGAAGCAGAUAGUGGAAAUACUGCACAUAGCGUUGUAUACCGGAACGAGGAAGGAAAGUGGGUGACAGAUCUUGCUUACUAUAAACCCUUUGAUCAUGAACAUGGGGCAAGCUUUUCUGGGCUUGACUCUAGUGGAGUUAAAGAUGAAGAUUUCAUUGUGGGAACCCCUCCCCUCUCAGCUCUCGUCACUCAGUACUCACAGGGCCGGAUUACCCACAACCACCUUGUUUUAGGGGCCCAGUUUCCAGAAACUUUGCGCGCUCCUCCCGCAAGUAAGAGAACCUUGGCACACGUGGAUGCUGAUGCCUUAGCCAUGAUUCAAGAAGAUCAAAACGAAUUUGAAGAAGAACAUAGAUUCAUACAGGAGGAGAAGAUGGAUUUAGAUAACUGUUCUCAUAACAUGGCUGAAACUUCAUGGAAAAUUCCAGUGAGCACUAAUGUAUUACUUAAAACAUCUCCGGAGCCCUUAGAGGAUGCAAGUUAUUUGCGUCUUUCAUUGGGAGAGUUUUUUGGUCAACGGUCGGAGGCGUUGGGUUGCUUAGGUGGUGGUCAAGAUGUAAAAAGGCCUUCCUUUGGUUAUCACAUCAUUUCUCCAGAGAAACAGGAGCCUGUUGCAUUAUUAAGCAAGUGUGAUCUCUCCAGAGACUCUGAGCAUGAGGACACCAUCAAAUUUUAUGACGACACAUUGACCCAAGAAGACCUUGAAUGUUUGCCAGAUGCUCAGAAGCUUGCAUCAGCCACAUUUGAUCUUCAAACCCCUAAAAGUAAGGCAGGUGGAAAUAGACCUGCCAGUGAAAAACUAAUGAAUUCUCAGACAUCUACUGUAGAGGAAUUGGGUUCUAUAAAAGUACAUUGUAAACAAAAACAAGAAGAAACAUCUGAUAGUAUGUUACUUAGCAUAAGCACUAUAGCAACUGCAAUUGCAAAUGCCUCCUGCAGUGCUGACCCUAAACAGUUAGCUGCUAUGAUCAUGGCUCUCUCAAAUAAAAAUAAAAAUACUAAACUAUCUUUGGUGUCUUCUGAGCCCUCUGAAACGUCCACUGAUGGAACAUGUAAUGUCGGUAGUAGUGUUGAUAUGGAACGAUAUUUAAAAGUAACCAAAUUAAAUGGACGCAAAAGUGAACCUGACCACCCCUUGAACACUCUAACUGACUUUUCUUUGGACAUGUCUCAGAAGUGUAAACAAACCCUGCUCGACUCUAUUAAAGAUCAUUCCAAUAUCACAGAUUUAGAGAAACAAGAUCUUAAGAGACCUGACUCAAAUGAGAAUCAAGGAAGUCAAAGCCUUCAGCCUCUGCUUACAAGUGAUAAGGCAAAUAUAUCUACAUCUGGAACUCUCCUUUCAGAAUCAAAGAUUGGACUGAUUAAGACUAGCCCAAUGUCUGCUUCAAAUCAAAAUUCUUUUAGAACUAGUGAAAAAGGGAGAGCGAGCAAUGGCAAUUUAAGCAAAGACAUACAGAAUGAUGGACCUAAUUUUACUCCUAACCUUUCAAAGAAUAAAGCACAAAUGCAGUUUACAAGUACAAUGAAGGAAGGGGGGCAGAUGCCACACAGUACACAAAAACAGGAUGAUCUAAAAUCCCUUCCAAAUGACACAAAAAUAUUCAAGUCACCCAGAAGUUCUGCUUCUUGUUUAUCUAACUCAAAGUAUCACUCUGCUGCCAAGGAGUCUAAAAAGAUCUGUGCAGUUGCUUCACAAAAGCAUGUCAGCUUUCAGCCACCUGAUGAUGAUCUGAAAGGCACAGAUGCAAAAGUUAUUCCAGAUCAUCAUGCCCUUCCUGGAAUGGAAGAAGAGCAGUUCAGUUUCAGACCUUCAACUUCCCCUUUAAUUCACUCUUCUCCUAGCCAGGACUCUUUAAAGAUAUCAGCUGAUCAAGGGUCGAGUCUUUCCCCUUCUGGUGCUGGGACUGUUCAGGCAGUCGAUAAUGAUGCCUUGUCUCCAGAGUCUUCAUGUUUCAGUCCUAGCUUGAGUAGGCUCACUUACAUUUCAGUCGCAGAGAACACUGUACAAAAUAUAACGGCUAGUCCAGAUAACCAGAGCGACAAUACCAUAGAACUGAGCACAACAAUUGUUCGGUCUAGCCCUACUCCUUUAGAAAUGCAGAACAACAUUCAAAAGGAUAAAUUAUCUUGGCAGCAGCAAAAAUGCAAAGCUUUAGGGGAGAGCCCACAAAAGCAAAAGAAUCAAUCUGGAUUCUCCUCCGCUGCCUCCAUCAACUUUAGUGGCAAAACUGAAAGCCUAUUACAACAAGAUAAGAAAUUAGAGCCUACAGGUCAUAUUGUAACGUAUGACAAAAUGAGUGCUAUUAAUUAUGGCUUGCCAAGUAAUCUCUCUAACUAUUUCUCUGCUGCUCCUCUGCAAACAGAUUCUCUCAAUGUGCUGCCUGGAAGCGCUCUUGGUAACUAUUCAGCUGUGCAAAACCUCUCUAAUAAACAAUUUGCUCCUGUAUCUGGUUUCAAGCCAGUGGCUCCGUCCAUUGAAGUGCCAAAUUUGCCAGCUGCAGUGCCAGGACUUCACAACGGGCAGCUGCUUUCCACUUCCGAGUUUGCUCCACAGUAUCUUGAAAGUGUGACAGCUGUAGGAAAUGCAGCUAUGCCGCAGUACAGAGUUGGAACCUCAGCAGUGUAUGGUCAUCAUGUAGGAUAUCCUAGCUCUGCAGUGCAAGCUUUACAGUUGCAGAGUGCAGUUUCAGGAAUUCCACUGAAUACAAAUACUGCUGGGUUACUGGCUACCCUUCCAAUGUCCAAUAAUCACACAUCAAUCGGUCAGAAUGUGGUAGUUCCAACGAAUGUGUAUCCUCUGUCAUCUGUUGGUACAAAUGAUAUUCCUCAGUGGAGUGCUAGAAUGUCAUCGGAUUUUGGACAAGUACUUGUGCCUUCAGAGUUAACAUUCCCCAGUGCUUGUUGUAUAGGAAUUGCAUCUCAAGCAUCCUUAAAUAUUUUCAAUCCGAAUGAAAGAUGGCUUCAAGUUAAUAUUGGUAUUCUCAGUGUUGCUGUUAAUGGUGAAAAAGUUGACAUUGCAGCCUAUCAAUACCUAGUAUUCAAGAAUAAAAUAAUUAUUGGUCCGAGAGCAGCUGAAGACCUAAAAAUUCUCUUCUUGCCUCAACGGGAGGGACUUUUUCAGUGUGUGUUGAGUGUGUCUUCUUGGCCAGUGUCUGCUGAUGCAGAGACAAUAAGAAGAUCUGAAGCUGUAGCUGCCAAAGUUUUCCUAACUGCAGUUUCUGAAAAUCCUUCCAUUGAGGUUGAUACAGGGAAAACUGGAUGUUUAGAUUUUGGAGAUGUAGCAUCUGGAAGCUGGAAGACUCUCCCCUUGAAGAUCAUAAACAGGAUACACGCCACAUUGCCGAUUAGACUUAUCAUUAGUGCUAAUGCCACUGCCUGGCGCUGCUUCAUGUUUUCAAAAGAUCCUGCAAAUUUUACAGAUGAGUAUUCACAUGUGGAUCUAAUGGCUAAGAUGUCUUCUCCUUCUGUCAUCAGUCAUGUGAUGCAUGCAAGCUAUGAUGGCCAGGAACCAGAAACCCUUAUUAUCUGGGUGGUUUUUCAUUCACCACAAACUUUAUCUUCUGCAGGUCCUCUAGGUCCAGCAGAGGAAUUUAUAGCAAGGGUUGACGUGGAAGUUGACAGCCCAGGGCCUGCAUUCAUAUUAAAAAGUGUUCCACUGCGUGCACGAGUUGGGUGUGCCAGGAUCCAUGCUCCCAAGGACUUGCAGACUGUUCAGUUGAUAAGUAGUGUGGGCUCGUUUGCAAAACAACUGCUACCCUUAAAGAAUGCAGGCAAUAUUGCAGUUCACUUAAAAGUAAAGUCCUCUAAUUCUAACAGCAAUUUUUCCGUGGACCCUGAGGAAUUGUUUCUUAUGCCAGGGGAAGAACAAGUAGUAGCCAUACAUUUCACUCCCCGAAGCACUGACCCUGAAAAAAGUAUUCUGAAAAUAACUGUGCAGCCAUCGGGCCCACAGUAUGAAGUCACAGUGAUAGGGGAAACUGAGAAAGUAAUCUCCAGGAAUCCACUUCCCGUAAUUUCUGCUGAUGUGCCACCAAUUCUCUCCAAUAAGCAGUUUGUUUCUUGGGGUGGAGUGUCUCUAGGAAGAGCAGUACAGCAGAAGUUAAUUCUAAGGAACACCUCCACUUCCUCAAAUCAGUAUUUGCGCCUCUUAAUCAGGGGACAAGAUCAAGACUGCUUUCAGUUGCAGAGCACAUUUGGUACAGAGGAACGUUUAACAAAUAAUCGAGAACUCAUUAUCCGCCCAAAAGAAGACUCCACUAUUUAUCUGAUGUUCUCACCUACACGUGUUGGAUGCAUGUUGGCAAAACUUGAAAUCAAGCAGUCUGGAAUGAAAUCUUCACAACCAGGCAUUAAAUUCACUAUACCACUUUCUGGCUAUGGUGGAACCAGCAAUCUUGUUCUAGAAGAUUUAAAAAAGCUAUCAGACAGCUACAUGGUGAAAGUUGGUGGUAUUUCAUCUGGUCAAGUGAGCAAAGUCAGUUUCUGCGUUAAAAAUACUGGUACCCGAGCAGCUUAUGUGAAAGUAGUAUGCUUUGCAGACUUUCAUACGAGUGUUACAAUGGAUCCAAAUGUGAUGAAUGUAUAUCCUGAAAAGUUUGUACUGAAGGAGAGAUCACAGGAGACAAUUACUGUAUCGUGCAGAGCAACUAAGCGAGAGGAAAGUUUGUGCCAAACUAGCACUGCCCUGAUAUCUACAGUGUGCUUAUUCUGUGGUGAUGAAGUAGCCAGGCAGCAGUUUCGAAGGGCAUUGUUACAUAAGCCAGAAAUUGCUCAAAAAGUUAUAUCUGAAAAUACAUUACUUAAAAAUACAAGGUUUGAUGAAGAAUUUCCUGGUGAACAACAGAUUUCUGAAGUGUAUGAUUUACCCCAGAGACCAAAUGAUAUUCAGCUUUUCUAUGCAAAUAUGCACAAAAUGAUUGUUUCUGUUGUUGGAAAUGUGGAGGCAAGUAUCGGUGGAGACUAUCAGACAACAUCUAACCGAAUUAUGGACAGUGCUAUAUUAAAUACCGAAAGAAACAUGGGAAACACAUCUUUGGAUGUACUGCCUGUGAAAGGCCCACAGGGACCUAAUUUCGCUAAGGAGCCUCCCCAAGACUCUGUCAGUACUGAAGAUACCUGGAGUGUUCAACCAGAGUGUCUUUUUCUUACUGCGCCUUCUGUUGGUGGUGUGUCAGGUACUGGUCAUAUCAAAUUUCAAAACUGCUCUGCAAGGUUGCUGCGUUUUGACUUGUCUUGGCCAGCCCAUUGUCUUACUAUUACACCUCAACAUGGGACCGUUGAACCAAAGAGUUAUGUACUUAUUCUUGUUAGCCCCAACCCAUCCCUGAACUUGAAACAAACAUUGCUUCCGUGGAAUGGUCAGAUUUAUGUGCAUUGUGACAGUGUACAAAAGUGCAUUAAAGUGCAGAUAAAUGAAGAUUCUGCCCUGUCAACAUCCACCAGCACAACCAAGCCACGUGGACUGCUCUCCCCUCACCCGGAUACACCUGUUCAUAUUGCAAAGCCAUUCACAAAAUCUCCUUCAACCAAAGUCGAAAUAAAGAAUCGCACUCUAAUGUUCCCCAAAACUGCUGCUGGAGAAAGUUCAGAGACAUUUUUGGAGAUUGAGAAUCCAGGGGAUGAAGACCUAAAAUGGCUGUUAACCUCCUUUGCACCACCUUAUGUAAAGGGAGUAAAUCCUAGUGGAGAAGUGUAUCGAGCGACGUAUACAGCGUUCAGAUGUUCUAGAGUAUCCGGUGUGCUUGCAGCUCAUGAAAAUCUAAAGGUGGCCAUUCAUUUUUUCCCUCGAGAUAAAGGUGAUUAUGCACAAUUUUGGGACCUCGAGUGUUAUCCAGUGUCUCUGCCACAUUUGAAGCACAAAGUGAGAUUUCAACUCUGUGGAGAGUGUCCUAAGGAAGAUAUACUUUCCGAUAAACCUUCUGCAGCUUCACUAAUAAAAACAGAAGCUUCAGUUAAACCCAGAAGAAGAUCUGGCUCAGAGGCAUCUUCUCUCAAAGCAUUGCAUGAUGCAGCUAACCGGGGUGUAUAUGCAUCAGAAGAACUCUAUACGUUUCCUAAUACAUUUGUUGGUGAAUCCAGCACAUUGAAAGUCAACUUACAAAAUAACUCUUUUAAUACAUUUAUGCUGAAAUUUGUUAGUCCGAAGGAUCCAUUUCACUUGAAGCAUUCUAAAUAUUCUUUAAGAGCCCAUCACUAUAUCAACCUUCCAGUCAAAUUCAAACCCACCUCAGCCGGCAGAUACGAGGGAAUUCUGGACGUACAGACAGACGCCGGAAAUAUCUCUAUUCGACUUGUUGGUGAAGCCUUAGCCAAGUAAAACAAAACUGCUAUGAUGUGGUUUAAAAUAUGGUUAAGUGUAUGAACACUAUUGUACAGAAUACGUUGAAGUUUACAAAUUACCUAAUGCACUUUCUGUAACUACUAAAUCCUUCGUAUAUUUGCCAAAUACAAAUAUGUUCAAAAGUUUGUUUUGUUUUUUUUUAAUUUAUGCUGGAAGAGAAAAUAUUUUGUGCAUCACGUUUGCUGUGUGACAGCUCUUGUGAUAUCUCUAUGGUGACUGCUUUCCUGUCCAUUUUAUAUUGUUCUUAGAUAUUUAAGGUAGAGCACAUGUUCUCACAUUGUGCAUAUUCCCCUGCAGUAUCACAGUGGCCUGUCUCUGUUUCUAUAUUUCUGCCAAAUAUAGUGGCCUGUUUGUUUUGUCAUUGUACAUAUUUGUCCUAUACCGAACGCUGAAGACCUUUCUCCUUGCAGACUCUGAUUGAAAUGUGGGAAGUGAUAUUUCUACACUUUCUAUAUGUUAUAUGUAAUUUAUAUUCUCUGUAAACAAAUGUAGAUUUGCAGGCAACUUUUGCUGUGUAAAAAAAAAUCCUUUUUUAUGAAAAUAAAAUAUUUGUUUUUCAUGUA